UAAAGUGUCGGGGCGGGGGGAGAGGGCUACAGAGCGGCACCUGGCACCCAGCGGCCGCGCCUCGCUCUCAGUGCCGCCCGGAGCCAGCCUGCUAUGAGGCAGCAGAGCCCACAGCGCCCGCCGCCGCCGCAGCUCCGCUUCGGGACGCCCUCCUGCCACGCGUGAUCCAGUGGGAGUCGCAGCAGGAGGAGGCGCAGCAUGUGGGGCGUGACGCCUUACUGCCGCGCGGGCGAGCAGGCGGGGCUGCGGCCAUGACCGCCGCCGCGGGGACGGAGUAUGGCAGCGGCCAGAUCGCCCGCCGCCCGCACCAUGUGGUACGCCCAUAACUACGCCCAGAGGAGGUCCCAGGCCAGGAACGCCGCCGCCAGGAACCCUCACCCGCAGGACUACAUGGCGGCCCCGGUGCCCUGCGACCCCUACCGCCCGUGCCAGGACCACCUCACCCUCGCCGAGCCCGACUACUCCGCCUCCCUCAAGGAGUAUCUGGCAGAGUACGCCCGCAAUGCCCUGCACGCCCGCCACCGGUCCGCCGACCAGGCCCGCCAGCGUGCCGCGGAUCAGACCCACGCCCACGCCCGGGCAGCCCACGAGUCCUCUAGCCAGGGAGGCACGUAUGCCCACCCUCCCACUCACGCCCACGUCGCGGUACCGAAGAAAAGCCAAGUUGCCGCGCGAGGCCGUGCUCACGGCGGGACGGACCGCCCUCACGCCCGCGGUCCCGAGCAGGAUCCGGGUUGCGGCGGCGCUCGGGCGUCGCACACGUCGAGGAGGAGCCACGCCCACAGCAUUGACCAGAGCCACGCCCUCACCGCCGACCAGGCCCUGGCUCAUCUGGUGGAGCACGGACGCGUCCUGGGCCCAGAGUCGCAGUCCCGCGUAUAUCUCCCCGAGGCGGCGGGGCGCGGACGUGCCGCCGAGGCUAGCCUGGCCUGUGAGCACGGCCCGGGCCAGGCGGUGGGGCACGGCUACAACGAGCAGGAGCAGGUACUGGUGGCGGGGCAGGGCCUGGCCUACCCCGGAGAGCAGCAGGGCCUCGCCCACCACACCACCACAGACCUGGCGGCGCUCUACCACUACGAGGACCCGCUGGCCCACCACCUCGAGUACGGCUUUCCAGAACAGGUGGCCCGCGGGCGGUCCUACGCCCGCGAACAGGCGCAGGUGCACGCCCACGCCCAACAGCAGCAGCACCUGCAACAGCAGCACCAACACCAACAGCACCAGCUUCAUCAACAGCAGCAGCAACAUCGUGCACAACAGCUGCAGCAACACCAUCAACAGCAGCAGCAACAACAACAACACCAGCAACACCAGCAACACCAGCAGCAGCAGCAGCAGCAGCAGCAGCAACAGCAGCAGCAGCAGCAGCAGCAACAACAGCAACAACAACAGCGGUCCUACCGGGUGCGCCCUCACGCCCGCGACCUGUGUUCCUUCUAUCCCGAGUCAGCCCAGUCCAGUGACGAUGACGAGAGCGUGCUGGAGGACGACGUGCGGGUGGAUCUGCCCUACACACACUUCAGGUGCCGCGGGCGCAGCGUGAUCCGCGGGCGGGAGGAGGUGAGCGGGCCGGCCCGCGCCGAGCAUAUCAUCCGGCGGUUUCACGAGUCCGGCGAGACGUGCGAGGAGGAGGUGGAGCCCAGCACCGUGGGCCUGUCCUACCAGCAGCGGGCAGACGUGUGCACCACACGGGGCCACGCCGCGGCCGUCGCCACCUCCUCCGGCGGCCUGAGCGAGGAGCAUGAGGUGUCCAGGAGGCGGCGCGGCGGCCUGCUGCUGGCGGAGGGACUGGUGCGGGAGUGGGUGCGGGCUGUGGGCGUGGUGGCCGCUUCGGGCACGCUGGUCACCCUGGUCGUGCUGGGUUUCGGGGUGUACAACAUGCUCAUCACCACCCUGUUUCUACUGUUCGUCCUUACCACAGUGGCCCUGCUCAUCUUCCUGCUCAUGCGGCGUCCCCCCUGCUGUCCCUGCUGCCAAGACCCCUACGACACCUCGGCCUCCCCCGGCAGUACUGGAUCACAGGCCGCCAAUAUCACCUACCUGACGGAGACCCAUGGCAUUGUGGUCAAGAAGUGGAUGAAGGACUCGCCGCCGCCCUACGAGUCUCCGCCUGAAUACAGCAGCCUGUCUCCGGAGCUCAUUAUGGACGCCAAGACGCUGCAGGACCUGGUUACCUCGCCGCCACCGCCGCCCCCGCCGCCACAGACCAGCGCUCCCGCCACCAGCAGUCCCCCAGCGGCAGGCGUGAUGCUGGACAGGUCCUCGUCGCCGCUGUGCACCACGCUCUUUAGCGCCUCCUUCUGCGACUCGCCUCGUAGCCUCACCCCGACCAUUCACCACGAAGGGAGAGGCGCCGCCGCCGCCGCCGCCGCCGCCGCGUGCCUCUUCGACCGCUCAUCGUCACCCAUCUUCACCCACUACCAGUCACCCCCCGCCGGCGGUCUCUCUCACCCGUCAUCCUCGUCGUCAUCGUCGUCCACUACUUACGUUGCGUCAUCCGCGGUGGCGCCCUCUGUGUACGGGCAGGCGACGCCCUCCCCGCCCAGCUACGAGAGUCUGCAGCAGGUGUACUGCCACGACGCGCCGCCCAGGAGGAAGGAGGACGCUCGGUAAAGGCGUGAUUCAUAAUAAUAAUAAUAAUAAUAACAACAACAACAACAACGAUAUCAACAGCAAAGUGAUAGAAAAGUAAUGAUAAUAGCGAUAACCAAAGUGGCGGAGGAGAAAGAUGCAAAACAAAAAAAGAGAAAGUGAGAGAGAGAAAAAAAAAAAAGCAAACAGACAGACGAAACAAGAUCAUAAAAACACUUCAGCCAAUUUCACUGUUAAGGUGUUUUUUGCUUCAUGGAUUUUAUAUGUCACGUGUUCAGUGUAGAUAACCUACCCUUAAUCUCAUCCCCGCCCGCCCCUCCCCCGCCCCCGCCCCUCCUCUUCCCUCUUGCAAAUACCCUCGCCCUCACCCCUCUCUCCUCGCCCCACGCCCCAAGUCCCCAUCUGCCCCGCCUCCCGCCCCACGUCCCUGCCUCAACGUUCCGGUGUUGUACCUCUGGAGUGACGCUAGGCUAACACACCCUCGUGCGUGGUGCAGCGCCGCGGUACACUGGUGCGUGGAAAAUAUACUGCCUCACCCUUCACCACCACCACCGCCACCUCCUCCUCCUCCUCCUCCUCCUCCUCCUCCUCCUCCUCCUCCUCCUCCUCCGCCUCCUUCAGCGCCAUUUUCGUCUUCACUAUCUACUGGUUUUCCUCUAUUCUGCCACUUCUCUCAUUUUCUGCUGCUCUUUUUCCUCUUUCGCAUGUUUUUCUCCUCCUCGUCCUCGUCCUUCACUUCCUCCUCCUCCUCCUCCUCCUCCUCCUCCUCCUCCUCCUCCUCCUCCUUUUCCUCCUCCUCCUCCUCCUGCCGUCACAGCUAGAUUGAUGGGAGGGGAAGGAAGGUGAUGCAAGAGUUCCCUUUAGUUACCUCCCCUCUUCCCCCCUCUUUCCCUCCCCUGGUUCCUUCCCUUCACCCUACUUACCUCCCUUCACCCACUUACCUCCUCUCGCCUACUGCCUUCUCCCCUCUCAUCCCCUCAUCCACCACCCUCCCCUCAACAACUUCCCUCUUUUAACCGUGGAUGCCAAGGCUUUCCCUCAACCAUCCAGGAAAUGUGUGUGUGUGUGUGUGUGUGUGUGUGUCCCUUCUCUCGCGUCCCAUCUCCCUCAGCUUAUCAUCUCUCGUUAUCUCCCCUCAUAUCAUUCUCUCUCUCUCUCUCUCUCUCUCUCUCUCUCUCUCUCUCUCUCUCAUUCGUCUAUUUUCUCUCCCUUUUCCUAUUUUAACCAUAAUAUCUAACCCUCCUCCUCCUCCUCCUCCUCCUCCUCCUCCUCCUCCUCCUCCUCCUCACCACCACCACCACCACCACCUCGUCGCUUCACCACCAGAGAUCUUCCGUCCAUAGUUGUGAUUCCUUACUAAGUUAACGAGACUUGCCGUGUUUCGCUGCCGCCUCCGCCGCCGCCACCACCACCACCACCAUGCAGACGUGUUCUCCUCUUCCUCCUCCUCUUCCUCUUCUUCCAGUAAUGUUUCCUACACUUCUCCACUUUGUGUGUGUGUGUGUGUGUGUGUGUGUGUGUGUGUGUGUGUGUGUGUGUUUUGUUGUGUUGUGUUGUGUGUGUGUUCUUUUGUCUCUUGUCGUUUCCUCUCUCUCU